AUGGGAGCCCCCGAGAUCGAGAAGACCGCGGUCGCCGACUCGCCUCGGAGCAAGUCGCCGACUUCUGUCGGGGCCAAGGAGUCGCAACCCGCCGUCACCGAGCUCUUGCAAGAAGAGCCGAAGCUCACAUGGAGGUCAUACGUCUGGGACACGCUGGACAAGUCUCCAGAAGAGCGGAAGUUCAUGUUCAAACUCGACGCCGUCAUCCUCACCUUUGCGAGUCUGGGAUACUUUAUCAAGAACCUAGACCAGAUCAACAUUAACAACGCCUUUGUGUCCGGCAUGAAGGAAGACAUGAAGCUCUUCGGCAACGAGCUGAACUACAUGCAAGCAUGCUGGACUGUCGGAUACAGAGCCUCGAGACGCAAUGCUGACUUUAUCACCUGCAGUAACAUCCUUCUCACUCGUGUCCGACCCUCCAUCUGGAUCCCCGCCUGCGAAUGCACCUGGGCCAUCCUCACCAUCCUCAUGAUCAAAUGCACCAACGUCACCCAGCUCUACGUCCUCCGAUUCUUUAUCGGCCUUGCCGAAAGCACCUUUUAUCCCGGUAUGCAGUACAUCAUCGGGUGUUGGUACCGCAAGGACGAGCUCGCCAAGAGGUCCUGCAUCUUCCACUCCAGCGGCUCCAUCGGCUCCAUGUUCUCUGGAUACCUGAUGGCGGCCGUGUAUAACCUCGGCGGCGUCCACGGAUGGAAAGGAUGGCAGUGGCUGUUCAUCGUAGACACGGUCAUCUCGCUGCCCAUCGCCAUCGCCGGCUUCUUCUUCCUCCCGGACGUGCCGGAAAUCACAAAGGCGUGGUGGUUGACCAAGGACGACGUGGCGCUCGCGCAGAAACGCAUGCAGCUCGAGGGACGCGCCAACCGGCAGCCGUACACCAAAUCGAAGAUCAAAAAGAUCCUGACGAGCUGGCACAUCUACGCGCUGACGAUGCUGUACAUCUUCUUCAACAACGGAUGCGGCAUCAUGAGCCAGCCCGCGUUCCAGCUGUGGCUCAAGGGCGAAGGCUACAGCGUCAAGGACUACAACACCUACCCCACAAUCACGUCUGCCAUCACCGUCGUCACGACGUGGAUCUACGCCUGGUCCUCCGACUCUGUUUUCAAGGGCGAGCGGUGGCCGCCGAUCGUCUUUUCCGGCGUGCUCAACGUCGUCAUCUACUCGAGCCUGGCGGCAUGGGCGAUCCCCGACGCGUGGAAAUGGGGCUGCUUCCUGCUCGUCGGCUUCGGCGGCGGCAUCAGCGGGUUGACGUUCGCCUGGGCCCACGAGAUCUGCAAGGACGACAACGAGGAGCGGGCCAUCGUGACGGGCUCGAUGAACCAGAUGGCCUACGUCAUCCAGGCCUGGUUGCCGCUCAUCAUCUGGCAGCAGGUGGAGGCGCCCCGGUAUCCCAAGGGGUAUAUCACCAUGAUCUUCUUCGCGGUUGGCAUGGCGGGGACGUCUCUGCUGAUCAAGUAUCUGCACCGCCGUGAGUUGGGGAAGAAGGCAUUGGGAGUUGCGGCUUAG